AUGUCGCAUGAACAAUUUCUGGGUAGUAUAGAUUUAGGUUAUACUACUUCUUUGUUAACAAAUUAUGAUACAUCCACAGCAAUUGAAGAUGGUAACAAAUUCAAUAUAAUCAAACAUCAAGAUGAUCUUAUGUUAAUUGAAGUAGGUGCUUUACUCACUUCCGAUGAAUGUGACGAAAUUGUGACUAAUCUUGAUAAAAAUAAAUUCGAAAAUAUGUCUAAUAAAUAUAAUAUUAGAAAGCGAAAUAAUUCAAGAUUAAUAGUAAUGGAUGAUCAAUUAGCUGAAUUACUUUGGCAACGUUUAAAUUAUCACAAUGAAUUAAAUAAAAUCGUUUCAAAUACAAAACCAUUGGGUUUCAAUGUUCAAGGUAAUUGGGAAAUGAGUAGUGUCAAUACAGCGAUGAGAUUGAAUAAAUACAAUGCAGGUGAAUACUUUGCACCUCAUAAAGAUGCUCAAUACGCACCAAAUGGUGAUGAACGAUCAUUAUUUAGUUUAUUAAUUUAUCUAACAGAUAAAUAUGAAGAUGGUGAAACAAAAUUUUAUUUUCCAAAAUCAUUAUCAAAAACUGAUAUAAAAGGAUUAACAAUUAAGGAAGAAAUUGACGGUUAUGGUGGUUUGGAAAAUGGCUACCAAUGUGUUAUAGUAAAACCAAAAAAAGGUUAUGCUAUUCUCUUUACACAUAAUCUAUUACAUGAAGCAACAUCACCUAAAGUAGUAAAUGAUUUGGAUAAGAUUCAACGAGUUGUACUACGAAGCGAUGUAGUAGUUAAAAGAAAAGAAAAACCAUUGGGAUUUGCUAUUAGUCCAGAAGAAGAAGAAGAUUAUCUUGCUUGUCUAAACUUUUUUCGUGAAGCACAACAAAGUGAAUUACAACAUGAUCAUGUUCAUAGUCUAUUUGAAAAUUCGACUGACACUGGAGAUUUAUAUGAACGAUCAUUAUCGAUUCGAUAUUGUUAUCCACGUCUUCUUGAAACCAAAUUGAAUAAAUCAAGUGAUAAAUCAGAACCAUUGAUUAAUCGAUUACCAACAGAAAUGUGGCUUCAUAUUUUUAAAUAUAUUCACGAGCAAGAUGUUCGAAAUUUAGUCUUUGCUUAUCCACAAUUUGAAUUAUUGAAAAUUGUUUGGGAAGCUCAAGAGCAAAAAUGUUUAAAAACCGAUCCAUUAAAACAGAAAUUUAUUCCUACAAUUCAUACUCAAUAUGGUAGUCGAACAUUAUUUCGUUUUUCUGAUGCUGAUUUUUUCUACCAACAUCUUAAUGCAUGUUGUCGUGUUGUAGCUGUUUAUGCUUUCUUUUUAUUAGGACAUGGAAAAGAUUCAACAACAUAUACCGUUCGAUAUGAUAGAGAUACUCAUGAUGUGUAUGAAGUAGAAAUGGAAAAACUAUUGGCAGAUGCAUUUUAUAAUAGAAAUUGUUAUGGAUCAUUGUUUCGUGUGAAUCAAAUGAAUGAACAUAAACGUCAACCAACCAUGGAUUUAAAUUCAAGUGUUGAUCGAACAUAUAUGAUAAAUCGACAUCAAUCACAAUUUAUUGGACAAGAUCUUUUAUCACGUUUUUAUCUUGUAUUACAAGCUUUUAACCCAUCACCAAUUGAUGAAAAUGAAAUGUAUGUAGAUCAAUUUGAUGAAGAGGAUUAUCUGGCUUGGCAGCAGAAGCAUGCUUUAUACGAUCGAGAUGAACGACUUGUUGAUAAGUGUUUGCAAAUUAAAGCAGAUGAAAAGUGUCCGAUGCAACGGUCAAAAGAUUGUACUCAACGUUACCGUAAACAUAUAUUAAAUCAAACAGAGAAAAACUCAGGUACUAGUCUGCUUCGAAUAUUAUCGGCAAACGAAGAUAUAGAAGAUAGAUAUUGUACAUGUAGUAUGAUGCAUGAACAACUAUCCGCAAUUCGUGAUUUGAUUAAUAUUUACAAUCAUCUUAUAUUUGAUUUUGAAACACAUCAUUUAACAGUUGAACGAUUGUCGGAUAAAGCAUCCAAUCUAGAUUACAAUUCCCUUUUAUAUGAUUCUGUUAGAAGACUACAAAAAUCAAUUCCACAAGAAAACCCUAUUUCAUUUUAUCGUGUCAAUAUUGAGAAAUUAGCAACAGAAACAAAAGGAUUCAAUCAUGCAUCAUGUCAAUGCGCAUAUCCAUCAGUGAAAGUUGAUCAAUUUUCAUUUCUUGAUUAUACACAUUUAUCACAUGUACAUUUGGCAGUCGCUCAAAAUGGUGAUCAUGUAUUUGUCUUAGCUACAUAUGGUGGAAUUGCUGCAUUGUAA